CCGGCGGCGGCGGCGGCGGGGCCAUGAAGGUGAAGAAGAGCGCCGGGGCCGGGGCCGGGGCGGCGGCGGCCCGCACCGAGGAGGAGCUGGGCCGUAAGGCGCUCAUCGGGCCCGACGAUGUGCUGGGGCUGCAGCGGGUCACCAGCGAUUAUUUGUGCACUCCAGAGGAAAAUGUUUACAAGAUAGAUUUCACCAGGUUCAAAAUCCGGGACAUGGAGUCUGGCACAGUCUUGUUUGAAAUCACCAAACCAGCAGCUUCAGAACGUGAGCACAAUGACAAGAAGGACAUCGACCCCAACGCUGGGCGGUUUGUACGCUAUCAGUUUACCCCAGCUUUUCUUAGACUUCGGCAAGUGGGAGCCACGGUGGAAUUUACAGUAGGGGACAAACCCAUUAAUAACUUCCGCAUGAUUGAGAGGCACUACUUCCGGGAUCAAUUGCUCAAGAGUUUUGAUUUUGAGUUUGGGUUCUGCAUCCCCAGCAGUAAAAACACUUGUGAGCACAUCUAUGAAUUCCCACAGCUCUCUGAGGAUCUCAUUCGAGAGAUGAUCCUUCAUCCCUAUGAGACACAGUCGGACAGUUUCUACUUUGUAGACAACAAGCUCGUGAUGCACAACAAGGCAGAUUAUUCAUACAGCGGAGGACCUUGAGCACAGGAUGGGAUGGCCAACCUGCGCUGGCCUUCCCCCUCCUAUCGAAGUCGUCAGGGAAACCAACACCUUCAGUUCAGGUGCCCACAGUGUCAACUGGACAAGGAUCCACAAACCAAGGACUCUUUGCCACAGUAGGAGUUUCAUGACUAAAUUGCCAGUCUCAUAUUUUUUGAGCUUUGAAGCGGACCCAGUUCCUCAGAACUUUAAGCGGUUCUGCAAUGAUCUUUGGAUACCACGUCCCCAAGUUCUGUACGUGUCUGCUUCGAAACGGCCUUGUGGGACCUGGGGGGUUUUGCCCUCGUUCUGCGGAUUUGUGUUCUUGCCCUCAAGUAUCUGGUAGGACACAAUUGUAAUCUCAGCGAAUGUAAUCUGGGAAACCACCUGAGUGGAUGGAUGCAGAUGCAGUGUUGUUUAUUUGCUUCUCUUUUUGAAUGCUUCAAAGGCGCGGCCGAUUUAACUUUUACACCCAGCUGAAAAUGUCGAGCAUAACAUCUCACAAAGCAAGUUUCAUCUUUAGGUUAGUUCUCUAAAUAAGUCUCUCAUCCUUCCGUUUUGGUCCUUCUGUGUAAUAUUCUGUUUAAUCUUGGAAACACUGAAACACACAGUGAAGAUGAGCAGUUCAAUGGCAGAGCUGUUCUUAAUCAGGUACUGUCCUUUUACGUUUCUGGUGAAGGCAAAAUAGCGCUGGAGGUCUGUGAACCUCCACAAGCCUUUUCCAUUAAUUUUAGUUUUUGCAGGCUGAUUGCAGAAUAAUCAGGAAAAAUUGAAGGAUUUUAGCUUUAUUUAACAUUUUUACAUAGCUAACGUUCAGCCUAUUCAUGCUCUACCUUUUCCAUACCUAUUUUCUUUCAUCUCUGCUCAAUGCGAAGAUAAGGGCUUUCCUUUGUCUGGGGCAGUUGGAGAGUGUGGAAUUUCCAGUUUUCCAUUUGUAUCUGAAUUUGAAGAAUGUUUAUGACAGUGUUUGCCCUUUAUUAAAAAAUGUUUCAUAUCAGGUAUUGAUGCAGGUGAAACAGCGUGUCUAAUAAUGUAGGACUUCAAGGCACAGCAAAAAUUUAGCAAAAGCUCUCUUCAGACUAAGAAGUUUAAGACCAAUUCUGCCCAAGUUUCACCACAUAUGCUUCUUAGAAAGCUGGGAGGGCAAAGAAGUAGCAAUACCAAAAGAGUAAACCGGCACAGGCAAACCAAACCCUGAGGAGGCUGCGCGGCGUGGCCCGAUGUCAUGAAACCCUUACUCUAAAGGUCAGCUCAUUGACACUUGAAAAAAACACAAGGCAGUUUGUAGAUACUUCUAUAAAUACUUGAUGUCUCCAUGUCUAAUUCUGUGAGUUUAAGUGGAACGUUAUGUGUAGCCUCAGCUAGGUGUGACUGUAACAGUUUUUAUAAAAGACCAUUUCCAGCCAUGAUCAACACCGUUCCAGCCACAGCCCAGGUCAGGCAGAGCUACAGCUGGUCCCAGGGGAGCCACCUGCCCGAGAACAGGCAGGGUUGUGCUCUUACCGGGGCUGGAUCACGAUUCCAGGCGGUCCCAGGUGCGUUUGGCUUGGCUUGCUCUACUUCUGACAGAGGACUCGGUUUUCUAAAGAAAAUGCAGUGAGUUUAGGUUACAGCACAGAAUUCUUUAUCAAGAUCGAUAGCUAAGAAAGUAUGUAAAGUUCCCUGAUUUUACACAACUAGUAUCUUGUGGUAGCUAUUAUCAUAAUGAGACUUGUAUUUAUCACUAUUUUUUGUCUCUAGUGUAUGAAAUCAUACAAUUAGCCUCCGGCUGACUUAUCUCUUUGAGAGUUACAAAGAAUUUCGUCAUUACUUGCACAAUGCUUUCAGCUACCGAUCCUUAAAUUUUAUAGCACAAUAAUUACUAGAGGUGAAAAUAGUUUCAAAAUGUUGAGGUGUCCAUCCCUGUCCCCCCCUUUUUUGUUUUUUUUUGCAUCAGGGCUAUGAAACUCUCUAGAUGUUAAACGAUAUUUUGCAAGUUUAAAGUGUUUAUAAAUUUUGCUCUGACAGCUGAAGGAGAAAAUAUACCGGUUUGAAGACGGAAGAGAGCGUGCGUGUUUGUAACCAGCGCCUUGUGCAGGCGUUUGGGGGAAUCUGUCAGCUCUCACCUGCUGUUCAUAAUAACCGCUUCUGUGCAUGAGACUUUUAAAAGCCUUCUAGUAACUGCGCUUGCCCAGAAUGCCUGGUCGUACAUUUCAAACAAACAAAUAUACAUCUCGGCAUAUGUUGGGGAGCGCAGUUGUACUUUGGCACAGACUCUUAUCAGUCUUGGGUUAUGGUACCGGGCAGCCAUAUCACAGAGUGUGUCAUUGUCUGCUGACCUGAGAGAGUCAUGCUCUGCUCAUGCUUUAUGCGACUUCCUUUUAAGACUUUGGACUUCAAAACCAAAAGUAAUUCCAUAAAAAUACUACUGUAAUCAACAGAAACUUGUGGUAGAUGUGCCCCUUUACAAGAGAACUGAGAGGAAGUUACCUUGUUCCCAGCAGCGCAGUAUCUUGGUGGCUGGACUCUGACACUCGGCGUUUUAUGGUAGGUUUCAGGUUAAAUGUAAAACGAUGAACUACUGAUCUGAAUUCUGCUGACUGCUCCGAUAAGUCAGAUUCUCUGGAUAAUAAUUUCAGGCUAACAGAAAAUUUAGUGUGAAUCAUAUAGGAGAUAUUUUAUUGAGUGGAUUUGUUGUCUUCUAGUAUUAGGAAUACUUUUAAAGCAAGAACAAAUAUUGGACACUCUCAGUAAAAUAAAUUUCAACCUAUUUUAGCUUUAGCUUCUCAGUCCGAGGAAUUUUGCUUUUUUUAAAAGUCCCCACAGUUUGCUACAAAUAACAGGCUCUGAUUCUUAAACUGAGGCAAAUAACAGAACCUUCUCGGGGUAGUGUAACGAAGGUGCCUGCCUCUGUGUCCCACCGCAGCCAGUGUCACUGUUAGCUCUCCAUUUCACUUGGAAAUGCUUUGUUAGUGUUUCCUUGAGGUCACCUACAGCCAGGAUGUUUACAAACAUGUGGCAUCGCUGCCCGAGGGAGAGGUUUGUUCCUUUUCUACCUGUUUAGGCACCAGUGUGAUGUGUAGUGUUGACAAGAGACAUUAUGUUGUAGCACCUAAACAGAACUAGAAAAGCGUUUCUUCAAAAACUUGCAGCACAGUUGCUGUCCUAAUGCCACUUCUGUCCUUGUUUUGCAUCAAAACUUUGUGCAAAAUGUCAUGUUAAAGACCGCGCUUUGUACAGCACUGAACAUCUUCGACUCCAUCUGAAAGGGAGCCCAGAGCUCUCAGGUCAGCUGUAAAAUGAAACCCACAUUUUUUUUCCCUUAAUUUGGCAGCUGAUUCUUAUUAUAAACCAGUUGCAAAUCAAAUCUUAACAGCAUCGUCCACAGAGGCAUUUGUUAGUCUCCUUGACUAGUUAUUACUUUGUACUUUAAUAUUAAUCAUUAUUGGGUUUACUUUGGAAGUUCAUCUACAAAAUCACCAGAUGCUGGCUCUGGAAAAAUAAUUCCUGUAUUUUUUUCUUUGUUCUCAUUUUAAAAAUGAUUGCCGUUAGCACUGUUGCCAUUAGCUCUGUUUUAACGAGCCACUCUGGAAAUUCGGGAUCUGACUUUCUGAAAGUGAAAGAAAACAUCUAAGAGCUAACCAAGAUUAUCUGCUAAUAAUGACUAGCUGUUUCCCGUCAUAAGCCAGGAUUAUAUGUGUACUUUACAGAGUGAAUUAAUCCUGGAAAAAGAAACUAAGUCUCUGUGAGUGCUGAUAGUGACAUAAUUUUCCCGAGAGACAAGGAAAUAACUCAACACAUUCUUCCACUUCCUCAGUCUUGGAUUCCUUCAAACUUCAGUUUUUUUAAAGAAAAGCAACAGUAAUACAUUUGUGGGUAACUGCCAUGCUGCAUGGUCCAAUAGUUCACAGACUUUAGAGGCAGAAAGAGAAUAAUUUAUUUUUAAAAUUAACACAUCAGGUAUGGUUUAAAUUCUAGAAACUUUGCUUUCAGAUCAGUGACAAUAGCCAAGAUUGUUUCUGUGAAGGUAUCCUUUAUGUGGCGACACUUACGAAAUAACUGAAUAAUCCCCUCUCCCUGACUCAGGAGAAUUUUUGGGUUUUUUUAAAUGUAGAAAGUCUCUUCAGGUUUGAAAGCAAGGUGGUGGGGUUUAGUUCUUGCUCCUAAUCUCUCUCUACGCCUUGUUUUGGAGCAGGUCGGUAAGACAGCUGUAUUUGCCACCUCUGUACUCCAUCUGAGUUUCAUUUCAAGAACAUGUGCAGAGUGUCAAAGCGGCGGCUGGCUGCGUGUGAAACAUUGCAGGCCACCGAGUUCCAAACUCCCUCAUUUUGAGCAAACAGACUAUUAAAGUACGUGGAGAAAUGGUGCUACGGGUUGACCCAUAAAACCUAAGUUCCAAUAUUUGUGACAAAAAUUAAAGGGAACUCUUUAUUCAUGCAAAGAUUAUUUGGGGGCUAUUUAAGGUAAGAAAAUGCUAAUAACCAACUCUCUUACUUAGUAAAUGUUCUAUUAAUUAUUCAUAACCUGAAAAAAUACGGUUAACAGCUCAAUUUUAAUUAGAUCUGGUCAGGAAUGAAACCAGAGAGAUUAUUGCUAUCGCUUACGGGAGGCGGGGGAGAGCGCCUAGAACGGCACUCAUUGCACAAAAGCUAGGCCGGUUUGCACGCGUUGGCUCUCCUGGUGAAAGUCAUCUCUGGGGCCAAACGGGGGAGAGGGGCGAGGGCAGGAAGAGAGUUCAUUUCGGCUCAUUGGAACCAAGAGCUUUAAGGCCGUGGUAACUGUAAAUGCUGUUUCUCUUGGGUUUGAGACAGACGGACGCUUGUAGCUUCUGUUAGCAGCUCGUUUCUACACCCCCAGCGUAGGCACUCCCCAAGUUCAUACAGACGUUUCAGUAUUAAUCAGCUAUUAAAUCUCCUUGACAGCUCAUGUAAUUUUCUAAACACAGACGUGUGUUUGCGGAGCAUGACACUCCGGGCCUCAAGCUGCAGCUGGGCUGUUUUCUAAAUCACAGGACAGUGUGACUAAGCGGGUGAAGUUGUGUGUCGGUGUUUCUGUCCACAAGCGGUAGUUAACUGCCUCCCUAGAAUCACUGUGUUAACGCCUACUGUGACGGCUGCUUCUAUCUUAAUGCUACACUGAGAAAACCUGUUCGAAUGUGACAUUGACUUUUUUGCAUAGAAUCAGAAUUGUCUGUAUUAAAAUGUAUUUAUAAAAAGAUAUAUUUUUUGUGGAAGGAAAGUAGGAUUCUAGUUAAUAUACCAUGGGGAAAACGUUAGAAACAUUUUUACCAAGUUCAUUUAUAAUUCUUUGUAUCUUGUCAGGUCCCCGAUUUGUUUCCUAUCAGCACAUCCACUGCGGCCGGUUCAGUGGCAAUGCGGUGCGCUGUCGUGCAGAGAGUCUGGUUUUCAGAAAACUGGGAGGCUUUUGUUUCCCUUUGGGACAGUCGGAAACUAGAGUAGGUUGCCAGGAGAAAAAGGAACCUUGGCACCGACUCCACUUCUGUGGCUUUAGCUUCAGUAACGAGUCUGUUCGACUUGUUUGCCGAUAGAUCCGUAGCGAGAGCAAAGAUUGAGGCUUUGGGAUAGAGAAAAUGAGAUGCUACAAUUUAGUCUUCCUGUAGGAGGAGGAGAGUGCUAAAAUUAAUUUAUACAAGGAUUAAAUAGGGAGCACACUUGCCUAAAAUUAUUUUAUAUUGGCAGCUUAGUUACAAAUGUGCGUACUAGGGAAUAUGCUUAACUUUUUCCAUUACCUCGGAAAAUGGUUAAAAACCAUGUCACUUCCAUUAGCAAGUGUUUCUUCUGUAACAUAUUGCAAAAUGUAAAAAAAAUAAACCUAAAUAAAUUAUUGAUCCUAGAAAUGGGGGUAAUUGUCUAUUUUAUUUAAACGUUUCUAUUAGCACAUGAAAAACAUGUACAUUUUCAUUUCAGAUGUCUCCCGUCAAUAUUUGAACUCCAGUUUUGUGCAAAUUUAUGUAACUAGCUUCACUUCCUGAUGGUUACAAACUAAGCGAUGCACAUGUAAAAACACCUUGG